GAGAAACGAAAGUAAGAGAUUGUGUCGGUGCAUUUCUUUUACCCCUCUCUCUCUCUCUCUCUCUCUCUCUCUCUGCCUCUUUCUCUCUCCGUCUCUGUAAACAAAAUCAACGUGGAGGAUUACCCAGAAUCCUAUUACCCAUGUAGUUCCACGCCACAACACAUCCCAACCUCAUGCUUUUUCUCAUCUAUUCUCUGUCUCUGUCUACAAUUUCUCCAAUUCUGUAUAGAUUCUAGAGAGAGAGAUGGAGGGUGGAGGGGGAAAGAGGAAGAGCGAGAGGCCGUACAAAGGGAUAAGGAUGAGGAAGUGGGGGAAGUGGGUGGCGGAGAUUCGAGAACCCAACAAGCGCUCCAGGAUUUGGUUAGGAUCCUACUCCACUCCUGAGGCGGCGGCCAGGGCUUACGACACCGCCGUCUACUACCUCCGCGGGCCCUCCGCCAGGCUCAAUUUUCCGGAAUUUUUGGUGGGCGAUUCUGGCUCCGGCGGAGGUGACUUGUCGGCGGCGUCCAUAAGGAAGAAAGCGAUAGAGGUGGGUGCAAGGGUUGAUGCAAUCCAGACCUCUUCAAUGACUGGUGUUGAUGAUCACCAUCAUCAUCAUCAUGCACCAUCUGGAUUCAAACCCUGUUGGUUUCAGGAGAAACCCGACUUGAACAAGACCCCCGAACCCGAAGACCAGGAUGCUGAUGAUGAUUGGUGAGUCUGACUGAAACUCAGACUCAGACUCAUAUAGUCUAUUAUAUAUAUAUAUAUAUAUAUAUAUAGAUAGAUAUAUGUAUAUGUAAGGAUUAUGUAGUAGUACUACUAUUUGCUAACAUGCAGCAAAUAGUUUCGAGUUUUUUUUUUUUUUUGUGAGCGGUAUUAUCUUUUGAUAUGGAUAGUCUUGUAGUAUCUUAUGAAGGGGGGAAAAAAAAUUAAGGAUACAGAAAUUGAUCACAGGACAACAACUUUUUCAUAUAAGGUUUUGUGUGUAGUUGUGUCAGAUUCUGUUAUUUAUUUCUGUCUUUAAAAAAAAAUGUGCAAGAAGAAUUAGUGUAAAUAUUUGUCCUUUUUUUUGUGUUA